GACGCCAAGGCAAGAUGGCCGACGCGGCGGCCGCAGCUGGGGCCAGCGGCUCCGGAACGAGAUCUGGAAGUAAACAGUCUACUAACCCCGCUGAUAACUACUAUCUGGCCCGGAGGAGAACACUGCAAGUGGUUGUGAGCUCCUUGCUGACAGAGGCAGGGUUUGAGAGCGCUGAGAAAGCAUCUGUGGAAACAUUGACAGAGAUGUUGCAGAGCUACAUUUCAGAAAUUGGUAGGAGUGCCAAGUCUUACUGUGAACACACAGCCAGGACCCAGCCCACACUGUCAGACAUCGUGGUUACACUUGUAGAGAUGGGUUUCAAUGUGGACACACUCCCUGCUUAUGCAAAACGGUCUCAGAGGAUGGUCAUCACUGCCCCUCCGGUGACCAAUCAGCCAGUGACCCCCAAGGCUCUCACUGCAGGGCAGAACCGACCUCACCCGCCGCACAUCCCCAGCCAUUUUCCUGAGUUCCCUGAUCCCCACACCUAUAUCAAAACUCCGACAUACCGUGAGCCUGUGUCGGACUACCAGGUCCUACGGGAGAAGGCUGCGUCCCAGAGGCGUGAUGUGGAGCGGGCACUUACCCGUUUCAUGGCCAAGACAGGCGAGACCCAGAGUCUUUUCAAAGAUGACGUCAGCACAUUUCCACUAAUUGCUGCCAGACCUUUCACCAUCCCCUACCUGACAGCUCUUCUUCCAUCUGAGCUGGAGAUGCAGCAAAUGGAAGAGACGGAUUCCUCGGAGCAAGAUGAGCAGACAGACACAGAGAACCUUGCUCUUCACAUCAGCACGGACGACUCUGGAGCCGAGAAGGAGAAUGCCUCUGUCCUACAGCAGAACCCCUCCUUGUCAGGAAGCCGGAAUGGGGAGGAGAACAUCAUCGAUAACCCCUAUCUGCGGCCUGUGAAGAAACCCAAGAUCCGCAGAAAGAAGUCCCUCUCAUGAGCUGAGAAGAAAGCCUGGCUUGAACAGAGGCGGGGACACCACCCUCUUGGGGAGUUAGAGCCACCCAAGGGAAGAAGAGAGGGUGACCUCCUCGUGGCCAAGCCGUGGCUGUGGGAUGUGACUGGGCAUGAUUUUUAUAGUGAGCCUUAUCUUAAUAUGACCUAAUUUCACUGGAUGUUUGGGUUGAGGAAGAUGCGAUGGUAACAAUGAG